GAAGUUUGUCGCAGAUGUCGCCAUAUGUCUCCAUAAGAUAACUUUGUUUAUCAAUAACAGCUUGUUUGCCUGAAUAGUGCAGAGAAUAUAAAUAAAUUAUUUAUGAAUACAUCUAAACAAUGACGGACAGUUUAUCUAAAAUUCAGUAUAAACACACAUUAAAAGUUUAUCUUUGAUGCAGAGUGACACUCCGUAUCUAGACGCACGGGCUUAAUCGAUUUUAAAGGUUAUGUUCUAAUAACCUACGCGGCUUAUGCGAAUACAUUUAUCUAAACGAAUAUACUGAGAAGCAAAAUGGAGAUAGAGCAGAACGUUGCACAGGUACUGUUCACGCAAGGUGCUACGCUGGUUUUACUGGAUGUACCAGCAGGCACUGACGUCGGUAUUGAUACCAAGUCCUGGACUGUUGGAAAUAAUUUCAAAGGCAUCAAGAUGAUUCCACCUGGCAUUCACUUUGUACAUUAUAGUGCGGUGAAUAAAUUCGACGAAUUGGCGCCUAGAAUUGGUUUCUUCCACGAUUUCAAGAAGCACGAAUUCUUGGUAAAGAAAUGGGAUGGCAAGGAGGAGGAUAUCAGUUUAGAACCUGUGUCCGAGGAAACAAUCCAGAGGCUACGGGAGAAUCUAAGAGAUCUGGACAGGUACCUUGGACCGUACCCGUACGAGAUAUGGAAGCCAUGGAAAGAAUUGACGAGCGAUAUCACCGCGAGUCUCGUGACGAGGUGUUCGCCGCUGUGCGGUUUUGUGCGAUCGGCUUUGGAAUUGGAGCCGUGCAGCGACGCCUUGAGACCACGUGGCACAGAGUGCUCCAGCAGCAGCAGCAGCGAGCAACGUAGGUCCGGCAGGCUGACUGCGGUGGACAGGGAGGCACAGUUGUUACCGGAUCUGAAACCGAGACCCGGCACGGAGCUCAGGCUCACGGAAAUCCCGGACAAGCAUUACCCCGACGACGCCACGCCGAGUGAGAUAACGCGGCAUUCGCUCGAUUCCAGUUACGUCUUGCACACUAUCCUGAGAAAAUUGCAAGAGCCUGUCGAGAUCAUCGGCGAGAUGCAGCUGACGUUCGUGUGCUUCCUCGUCGGGCAGAGUUUGGACGCCUUCGAGCAGUGGAAGGAACUCGUGACGCUGAUCUGCGGCGCGGACGACGCGAUCCCCCAGUACCGUUCUGUUUACAUGAAGUUCCUGCAAAGUCUGGAAGUACAGCUGUCGUACGUACCAGAGGAGCUGUUAUGUGACAUCGUAGCGAACAAUAAUUUCAUAUAUCGCAGUUUGUGCACACUGUUCGGUAACAUCGAAUCGAACUCCCAAGUGGACGGCGGAUUGAAGUCCUGCGCGAGGCGUUUGCAGGAGCGACUGACCGCGAAGUUCUUGUGGGAUUUUUCAAACUUAUUCGAAGAGGCGGACGACGAGGCUCCUGUAGUCGUGACUCUGGCGCGGGCGGAAGUAAAUAAGUCGUAAGAUGCAUGCGUUAUUUAAAUAAUGUAUAGUUAUAAACGAAUUAUUCGAGUCUAUGAAAGUAUGAACACUUAUAGUUAUGUGUAAAUAAUAAAUUUUAUCAAUUUUAUAAUGUAA